ACCGAUAAAUAGUGUCCAUGCGUAAGACAGGAUGUUAAGCAGGAUAGUAGGGAUUGUCGUAAUAUGUAUAUGUACAAUUAAAUUCACACGAGUUAUAGCUCGUUAAUACGGCGUAAGUUAAGAAUGAAACUGGACCAAGUUUUUCAAGUCGUUAUUCAACAAUACCCGCGCUAUGUUCGUUUCUCAUUUACGCUCUCGUCGAGUUUUCAAAUCGUGAAAAACUAUAACUAUGAUCAAAAAAGUAAUGUUCGUUUGUAUUCUUCACUGUUGUUACAGUUGGAAAAUAAGAUCGAAUGAAAUAGCCAUAAUACAAGAUUUAAAAACCAAAUGCACCUUGAUGUGCCCUUUUCAAAAAGAAACUGCUGAUUUGUAUGCUGACGAUAUCACUUGCGAAAUUAAUUGCAAGAUUCAACAUUGUGUAAAAGGCUGUAAUUUUUUGGACAAAGCUUUAGAAAACGAUUGCCUCAAUCUUUGUAAUAUUACAAAUAAAGCAGUAAAAACCAGCGAUUUAUUUUGUCUGAUUGGAUGUAAGCAAGGUCUGAAAGCGUACUUCGAUUCUAUCAAAAAUGAAAUUUCUGAUUUGCAUGCUCCAGCCCUUCUUGACCAUACACUAUCAACGACUUCUUUAUCUUUGGAAUGGAACGAGCCUAACUUAAUGAAUGAAAGUUUUGUAUUACAAUGUUGUAAUGUGGACUUAUCAAGUACUUGGCAAUUUUGUCAAAAUCAAUCGUGGAAUUCGAACACCGUUAGCGUCGAACAUUUACAACCUUACACCAAAUACCAAUUCAGAGUAGCCAUUCGUCUAACACCAGGAGAUUGGUACGAGAUUUACUCUUCUCCCAGUCCAAUAAUCGCAACAUUACCAGGAGGAUUACCGACUUCGCCUCCGAAAAUUCUGACAGCCACUGCGGUGGGUUCUAGUAUAAUUUCGGUGAUGUGGAAAGAGGGACAAUUCACAAAUGGGCCAAUAAUAUCGUAUAUUUUGCAAAUCAGCGAAUUACCUGUCGGGUAUGCAGGAGUAAAGGAUAUUAUCGCCUCAAAAAAUACCCACGCUUACAUGCUGCAGAAUCUACAACCGUCCAAAAAUUAUUCGAUUUCUAUAUCGGCCAGAAACACUGCAGGUUUAGGACCACCUGUAACUGUGGUUGUAACCACCAAUCCAGCUCAAGACAAAUCAAAAGAUAAAGUCAACUUGGUGAUAGCCACAGAACAUUCAGUCUACAGCAUUACUUCUGACAUUCAUGACGAACCAGUUCUUAUGUAUAAUACAACCCAUGUUAUAAAAGGGAUAGCCUUACACGUACAUCGAGAAUUAUUAUUCAUCAGCGAUUCAUCUGGGGCAGUCAUCGUCACCUCUUCGAAAGGCCUACUUACUCCUCAGGAAGUCGUAUCAUUGGGAUCUUCAAAGCCAUGUGCGUUGACCGCAGAUUGGUUGAAUGAUCACUUGUAUAUUCUAAGCGAGGUUAUACAUCCUUCUGGGUCAAUUGUUUAUCAAGUAGCGCGAUGCGGAUUAGAUGGAUCAAACCUUAUCGUAGUUAUUUCAGGAUUCAUUAUGAAACCACAUCAUAUAGAAGUUGAUCCUUAUAACGGGUAUCUGUUCUGGGUUGUUCGAGGAGUAGGUUUGUAUAGACUAGACUUGAUUGAUAUAAGCAGAGUAAUCAAUCACAAUGUAUCUCCAGAGCUCAUUUUGGAAGAUACAAAUCUGGGAGCUUUUUUGGUCAGUUACGAUUCAUUUAGAAUAAUCAUUCCGGUAUAUUCUCAAAAUAUCAUGAUCUCUACUUCACUGGAUGGACAAGAUAUCGAGAAAUUCCACGAAAAAGUUGAAGAACCAAGAUUCCAGAACGUCAUCAGUCUAGCAAUGAUGAACGGUUCGCUGUAUUGGACAAAUGGGGAACGCAUGUACAAAGAAGUGUGUGACAUUCAAAACAAAACAUUUACCCAAAAUAUUACUGACGAAUUAUCUAUGACCAACUGUAUAGCAGUAGUUGCAAAUACGCUGUACAGUCAACCAAUUCCAGUACCAUUGAAUCCGCCCACCAAUUUCCAGGCUAUUUUUGGUCACGAUAUAGCAAAAGUAUCAUGGGAUAAACCAUACAACUUGGCUGGGCAAGGAGAAGGUGCUUGGUCAGCAUGGACAUAUCGAUUAAUAGUAUUGAAUAAGAACGGAUCACAGUUAUUCGACUUCAGUGAUAUAAAAACUACACAAUUUACUGUCACUGGGUUAAAACCAGGAACCGAGUAUGUCCUCAAAGUGGCCGCAUAUACGUUUUCAGGAGAAGGCCCUUGGUCAGAAGAAUUCAGAGGCAAAACGAUCCAUCGCAAUACCUCUCUAUUAUGGUCCAAUGAUGACGGAUUGCUUCUGUCAGAUGUAACAGGUUACAGAGUAACUAAAAUAGAACCUGUCAAUUAUCUUGAUACUGAUAGUCAAUUUUUGAUCACUGAUAUUGACUGGUUUGAAGAUCAAGUUUAUGUAUCCACCAAUAAACAGCAGGUUUUUUGGUAUAAUUUGACCAGCAAUACUUUUGGAAGAAUUCAAGAUAUAAAUGCUGCUGACUGCAUAUCCAUCGAAUGGUUGGCGAAAAAACUUUAUUGGGGGAACACUAAAAAUAAAAUGAUAUUUAGGGCAAAUCUAAGUGGUACAAAACAAGAAAUAUUACCCAUUGUGGCAGCUGUUGAGUCCCUAUUUCUAGAUUCCCCAGCUGGGUAUCUGUAUUGGUCAACUAGAAAUACCAUUGAAGGAGCCUGUCUGGAUGGUACUCAGAAGAGAACAUUUUAUGUGUCAAGGAAUACUUAUGCUUUUCAAAUUGUUGGAUUAGCUCUGGACAUCAGAGGAUCUGAAUUAUACUGGAUUGAAAGAAGCUCGAUAAAUCCAAGACGAAACGCUUUAAUGAUCACUGACACCAAACAAAGUAUCCAAAGACACAAUAACGACUACUUGAUUGACAAAUUCAAUUUGAUCAAUCAGGAUGUAGCAGGUGGUUUAUGCUACAUAGAUCAACAUUUAGUCUGGGUGAGAUCUGAAGACAGAAGGGCCAUGGUUAGCGGUCUCAAUGGCACAACCACUGCUUUACUUCAAAGCGACAGCCUGUCCAAUUUAUUGACUUGCACAGCAAUGGAUCCAUUCAUCAGAACACCCCCUGAAAGUACAACAUCAGCAAAUAAACAACUGAAUGUUGUUCCAAAUGUAGUAUCGCGAUCAUCUAUUCGCGCCGAAGGACCAUUCCAUCUGUUCAACAUAUCAUGGGACCCCAUCACUGGUGUGAACUAUGGAAAAGUUUUCUAUCGUGUCAAGAUGAUAUUAAACGAAGAAGAAACAAUUAUGGACACAUCGGAUAGCUUUAUAACAGUUGGUAAUGCCAAAGCUCACGUUCCAUUGAAAAUCAUCAUACAAACGUGGACUCUCUGGGCUGCAUCUGAUCCAGUCAGAGUGAAUCUUCAUUCACCUACUUCAACUCCUUCAGCUCCGAUGAAUCCGAGAAUUUUUGUAAUGCAUAAGAAAAGACCUCAGUUCCAAGAUAAAGAGGUUCUGGCAUUAUUUCGAUGGUCACCCCCUCUAAAUCCCAAUGGCAUUAUUAAAAGAUACGAAUUAUCUUGCUCAGUCUUUCAUGGCAGCAGUAACACAACCAUGUGUUCAUCUAAUCAGAUCUCAGCCAAAACCUUGGAAUUCACAUUGCAAAAUUUGCCUAUAAACAAGACCUACUACUUUCAAGUUCGAGCAUGUACUGAAGCAGGUUGUGGUAACUGGAGUACAUCAGUAAAGACAAAUCUAAAAGAAGAAUUUCCUAUUCCUAAACUGCUCAUCACCACAAAAGAGGGUAUAAUCAAGAUGGACUAUGAUAGAAAAUCUUUUGGAAUCACCAUCACUGCUACAGAAAAUGCCAAGGAUACAGCUUAUGAUGCAGACAGAAACGCUUUGUUCUGGAUAGAAAGAAAAUCAUUGUGUGAAUCUCAUUUAGAUGCGCAUUUCACCAACACCAAAAAGCUCGCAACAUUGAAAAAUGAGGGAACUUUCCUGAGUUAUGAUUGGAUCGCAAAACAUUUAUUUUGGAUAGAAAGGAAUGGCUCCAGUUCCAUAAUAAAUAAUUUAGAUUUAAAUCGUAAUGAAGAUGAUCGACAUGCGAAUAUCUUGGUGCAACGCAACGCGGUCAUUGAAAAUAUCAUUGUAUCACCAAUGAACAGCAUGUUAUAUUGGGUAGAAGUCGAAGAACAACAAAGAGUCAGCACAUUAAUGAAAAGUUUCAUUGAUGGAUCAAAUGUCAAAGAAUUCUUCCACAAAGAGACAACAUUUUCCAAAAAUGAUGUAUCUUCAUCAUCCAUGUAUAACAGUGAAGAACAGGAAAUCUCCUGUAAUUGCACCAGGUCCAUAGUUGGAAAAGCAAUUGCCCUAUAUCCAUCGCUAAACAAUCAAUACAAAUUGCUCUGGUUGGAGGUUCCUUCAGGGUACAUUGUGUCAUCUGAUUUAGGGGGUUGUUCUUGCAGUAGAAUAGUAAAACCAGCAUCUGCUACAAAAAAUGGAGCACCUUUAUCAAUAACAGCGGAUUUCAAAAAAGUGUAUUGGUUGGAUAUGGAUGAGGUUACUUUAUAUUCGGCUUUUUUGAACGAACAUUCGUCUUCGAUAGAGAAAAUUUCCACCAGUAGAGCUAGUCAUCUGAAGAAAGUUCUAGCUUUUGGGUCUCAUCUGCAAUUAUUUCCAGAUUUCACAUGCUUAUGGCCGAGUUUAUUGCCUGGUAAAGCUCAGAUGGUGAAGGUUUCAUCGGAUGCGAUGACUUUGGGAUUACCUUUAGUAGAAAAAGAGACUCGAUGUAACAAUGUAUCAAUGGCUACUGUUGAGUACACCUUGUAUUAUGGAAUUAUUAACGACGAUGGUACUUCAAAUUGCACCUCAACGACAAAAUCUUGCUCUCAAGUGGUUACUUUCGAUAAGAUAAAAAAAGUGACUAAACUGAAACCAUAUACCCGAUACAUCUUUUUCGUUAGCGUUAACAAUUAUUACAGCCAAAUGAAAGGCAUAGAACCAGUGAUAAGUGAACCUAUUAUAUACAGAACUGCGCCAGGAGUACCAUCUCCUCCUCGCAACAUGAAAGCAGAGUCGAUAACUCCCUACACGGUUCUCGUUCGUUGGAGUCCUCCAGAACACUUGAAUGCUGCCGGAGCACGUUACUCUGUGUUUUGGUACACGAAAUACGAUAAUGAUACCGAAGAGGAGCGAGAAAACUUGCCGUAUAAACAAGUAGACACUUCUGUAACAUUGACAGGAUUGUUACCCAAUCAUAAUUACACAAUUUGGGUGAAGACAUUUCCGGUAACGACAGGAGGAUCGACAUCCUCAACGGGAUACUCGAUUAGCGAAAAUAUCACCAUUCAAACUUACCCAGAGCCAGGCAAUUUGACGCUGAUCAACGUGACAUCUUACCUACUGAAUAUUUCAUUACCUUCGGACUUGAUUGGAUUACGAUCUGAAGUUGAAUUCUUCGAUCAAGUAUCAAAAAAAUGGGAAACAGUAACGAAGAACAAUAAUAAUUUCGUCAUUCUCAGUGGCCUAUUCCCUUUAACUUUGUACAAAGUUAGAUUAAAAAUCUGGUAUUCAACCAUUCACCAAACAUCAUUUCUCUGGCUACCGAAUGGCUUUGAAUUUAAAACUUUGGGAGAUCGUCCCAGCACACCUGGUACCCCAGCUCUUCAACAUUCCAAAGAAGACCAAUACCAAAUUGUUUGGGAACCAUCGAAUAAUUAUGGAACCAGUGUCCAAACAUAUUCUUUGGAAGGAAAAUAUGCUCAAUCUGAGCAACCUCGUGAGGCAGAUCUUAUGGAUAAAUAUUCCAACUGGACUGUUUAUUAUAAUGGAACAGAUAAUUUCUGGACAGCGAUCGGCUUAAAACACAAUACCAAGUAUAUCUUCAGAGUACGAGCGAAAAACGAAUACGGUUGGAGCGCUUAUAGUGAAAUCAGCGAAGAAUCCGAAUUACCUAACAAAGUUUAUAAAUAUAUUUUCAUGAUGGCGAUUUUUUUAACCCUAUUCUGCAUAUUCGGAGUCACCACUCUAUUUUUCUUCUUACAACUAUAUCGACGUAAAUCGUCCAAAAGCAAAAGUGUGAACUUCGUGAAGAAUGGAAUAUUGACCAAAAUCUCCAACGGUGAUUUCGAAUUGGUUAAUUUACGCGAACUUCCUUCUGGCACAAAUUUCGUCAAGAAUAGCAACGUGCUGUACAUUCCUCAAAAUGACAACAAUUAUAAAAUUGACACCGAGUUUUCUGAAAUGCCUCGUAUACUUCGAGAACAAAUCACACUGACCAAGUUUUUAGGGAGUGGAGCUUUCGGCGAAGUAUACGAAGGUAAAGUUAAAAAUCUUCUUUACGAGAAUAUCGAAACCAAAGUCGCAAUAAAGGCGUUGAGGAAAAAUGCGACCGAGCAAGAGAAAAUAGAAUUUUUAAAAGAAGCAGAAUUAAUGAAUAAUUUCAAACACAAACAUAUUCUGCAAAUGCUCGGUAUUUGUAUCGAUAAUGAUCCUAAUUUCAUCAUCAUGGAGCUGAUGGAAGGAGGAGACUUGUUGAGUUAUCUUCGAUCUAAUCGAUCUCUAACGGUGGGAAGUUCCAAUUUAACAUUUUUAGAUUUGAUGGAUAUUUGUUGCGACGUAGCAAGUGGAUGUUGUUACCUAGAAGAAAUGCAUUUCGUGCAUAGAGAUUUAGCUUGCAGGAAUUGCCUGGUAUCUUCCAGAGAUCCUGCUCUUCGAAUCGUCAAAAUAGGCGAUUUUGGAUUAGCUCGUGAUAUUUAUAAAAAUGAUUACUAUCGUAAAGAAGGAGAAGGGUUACUUCCAGUCAGAUGGAUGGCUCCUGAAUCUUUAGUCGAUGGAGUAUUUACUCGACAUUCGGAUGUAUGGUCUUUUGGGGUCUUAUUAUGGGAGGUGAUGUCCUUGGGUCAACAGCCAUAUCAAGCAAGAAGUAAUGUGGAAGUUUUACAAUAUGUAAGAGCAGGAGGUAGACUAAGCUGCCCUGUGAACUGCCCUCCAAAAAUGUAUAAAUUAAUGGAAACUUGUUGGAAUUUCCAACCCAAAGAAAGACCUACGUUUAAAUAUUGUUUAAAAGAGCUAGAAGAAUUGAAAAAUGACUGUAACUCUAGUUUCGUCAACUUGAAUUAUACGACGUUAUUGCCAAUUACGAGUCAAAAAGAAGCAGAUGGCAAUAGUUUAGCAAAUAUGGAGGACGUACCCUCAGACACGCAGAAUAAAAAACCUUCCAAAACGAAAUCAAUUACCCCGGUAGAAGAAGUAGAAAACGACAGUUCAUUAGAAACACAAUUAUCGAAUUUGGAAAAACCGUAAAUAAAAAUCAUGAUUAUUUUUUAUACAAAAUCUUUUUUAAAUAAACAUUUUGAAAAAUA